AUGCACGUGGCUGGUGGCUGUCGCAGCGUCUGCAGCGAAUUCUUCGGGGACGGAAGGCCGAGACGCGCGUGCUACGGUCGACGACUUCGCUGCACUUGCAGCGCUCGCCUCAGUCCGCGUCGAAUCCCCGGUAGGGCAACACCGGUGCUGGCAAAUCCAGCGGUGCGUUCGCCAGUGUGUCGGGCGGGCGCGGGCACGCGAGUGCGGCGGGUGUUCGCGCACGUGCGCCCGCGCAGUGCCGCGGCGGCCGGCGAACAGCGCAGAACGCCGCACGCGCCGGCAUGUGACGCGACGGUGAGCAUGCGGCUGCCGCUGCUGCCGCUGCUCGUGCUGCCGCUCGUGCUUGCGCGCCCGGCAGCAGCCGGGAUUUGCUGGUCCGGGAUGGAACGUGGUGGCAGAUGCACAUCAGUAGCAGCAUUACGCGUGGGUCGAGCUGAAUGCUGUGCUGGAGGCGCGAGGGCCCCGGCAGCCUGGAGCCCUAGAGACUUGGACAGCGGCGAAAUAUUCUUCUACAAGGCACUUUCCGGGGGCGUGCCGUGUACGGCAUGUGCUGAAUCAUGCGCCGGUGUUUCAUGCGGUUCUGGUCGACGAUGCGUAGUAAGAGGUGGUCGCGCGAGAUGCGUUUGCGCAGCGACGUGCCGCCGCGCCGGACCGGUAUGUGGGAGCGAUGGGAAGACUUAUCGCUCCCUUUGUCGACUGCGGCGAAGAGCGUGUAGAAGGCCAGCCAAGCACUUGACUCUGGACUACCCGGGACCGUGUAGAGUGGGAAGCUGUGAAGGUGUUCGUUGUGGAGGAGAUAAACGCUGCGUACUGGACGCCGAAUUGGGCGCGCAUUGCGUCCGUUGCGGUGCGUGUAACGUUGCGGGAGCACCCGUUUGCGCCGUGGACGGACGCACGUACGCCGGCGCAUGCGCACUUAGAAAGGCUGCGUGUGAACGGGGAAAGGCGCUACCUCUCGCGUACAAGGGAGCAUGUAUAGCAAAUGCAACGUGUGCAUCGAUUUGGUGCGGCGCAGGUCAGCGUUGCGUGCAAGGUGGGGCUAGCGGCGCACGCUGCGUGUCCUGCGGCGUUUGCGGCGGAGGCGCUAGAAGGACUCUUUGUGGGACCGAUUCGAGGACUUACGGCUCUUGGUGUAGACUCCAGAGGGCCGCUUGUCAUGCGGGCACUGUUGUGGACCCACUGCAUCCGGGUCCUUGCAAAGGUAGCAAAAAUGUAACGGACAAUAGUGUGACUGAAAGAAAAUAUAAGAAAGAUAUUAAUAAAGCGAGAAAUCUGUAA